AUUAAGUGGAGAUUUUCCUAAUUUAAAAAGAUUACAUUUAGGAUGUUCAGAAAAUCAAGAUCUUAUUACAGCUUUUUUAGAUAAAAUUGGUCCUUCAAUAAUACAAUUAGGUUUAAAUAUUAUAACUGAUGGAACAAUUAAAGCAAUAUUAAAUAAUUGUACAAAUUUGAAAGAUUUACAAAUUAUUGAUUAUCAUCCUAUGGAUCAUCCUGGAUUUUUUAAAUUAUUCCACGGAUUAAAAGGUUUAGAAAGGUUAAGAAUUAAAAUUAGUCCUGAUAAUAAACAUUAUGAAAAAAUGAUUUUAUGGGCACGUAUUGGAGCUCAUGAUUUACCAAUUUCUUUGAAAUAUUUAAAAUUAGAAUGUGGUUUACCAAUUUAUCAACUUAAAAGAUUUUUGGAUCCACGUAAUAACAAGGUUACUCCUCAUUUAUCUACCUUGAUUAUUAAUGAUUUGAAUUUUGAUUAUUCUCAUAUGGAAGUAAUUAGUGAUUUUGUUAAGAAAAGAGGAAUAUUAAAAGUUUUAGGAAUUGGUGGUCCAACAAAAUUUAGUUGGAGAACUUUAAGAGAAUUUAAAACAUUAAGAGAAAAAUAUCGUGUGCAUAUUAUUCCAAAAGAUGAUUUGGACCAAUGGUAAAAGAAAGAAUAAUAAUAAUAAUAAUAAUAAAAAAAGAAAAAAAAAAAAUAUUUAAACAUUACGAUAAGAUUAUCUGCGAGUGGCGCAGGAUAUGCUCAUAUGCAUACUUAAGCAUAACAUCCACGUGAGUAUUCAUGUAGGGCGUUAUCCUUUUUCAACAAAAUAAGAAAACAAGGACAAAAAUGAGCAAAGU